AUGACGCCCGGCCCGUGGGUCUGCGGGCCCCCCGUGGCUGUGCUGGGUCUGUUUUGUCGAGGCUGUCUCGGCAGGGCUCGGGGCAGACCUGGUCGCACCUUCAGUUCCUCUCCGAGGCAGACGAGCCGGUGGAACACCCGUGACACCUGUGGGCCCCAGCCGACUCAGGACAACCCCCGCGUCCUCAUCACAGGUGGUCUUGGCCAGUUGGGUGUUGGACUCGCACAAAUGCUGAGAAAACAAUAUGGAACGGAGAACGUAAUUCUUUCGGACAUCAAGAAGCCGCCGCCGCAUGUUUUCAACAGUGGCCCAUUUGUAUAUGCUGACGUGCUGGAUUACAAACUCCUACGAGAGCUGAUUGUAAACAAUCGCGUCACUUGGCUGGUCCACUACAGCGCUUUGCUGAGCGCCGUGGGGGAGGCCAACGUCGCCUUGGCACGAAAGAUCAACAUCACAGGCCUCCACAAUGUGCUGGACUUGGCUCUGGAGAACUGCCUGCGCCUCUUUGUUCCCAGCACCAUUGGAGCUUUUGGUCCCUCUUCUCCUCGUGAUCCGGCCCCCGAUCUCUGUGUUCAAAGACCCCGAACCAUCUAUGGCGUGUCGAAAGUCCACGGAGAACUGAUGGGGGAAUACCUCCACCAUAAAUACGGCCUGGACUUCCGUUGCCUUCGUUACCCCGGUGUGAUAUCAGUUAACACUCCUCCUGGUGGGGGAACAACAGACUAUGCAGUUCAGAUCUUCCACGACGCUCUCAGCACAGGCCACCAUGAGUGCUACCUGCGACCUGAUACCCGCCUUCCCAUGAUGCAUAUCUCCGACUGCCACAGGGCUACAAUAGAGUUCAUGCAGGCUCCCGAGUGCCAGCUGUCGCUGCGUACCUACAACAUAGCUGCUAUGAGCUUCACCCCAGAAGAGGUAGCUCAAGAAAUCCGAAAGCACCUCCCUCACCUGAAGGUCACCUACAACCCCGACUCUGUCCGCCAGACAAUCGCAGACAGCUGGCCUGUGAGAUUCGAUGACUCCAAUGCCAGGAGGGACUGGGGAUGGGCCCCGGCCUUCGGGCUGGAGGAGCUGGUUUCUGACAUGCUGCGCUCCAUUCGAGACAAGAGGACCAGUGAAGGUUUGCCGGUCAGCUAGCAAAACCUGCUCUGCAGAGACUGACCAAUGCCCCACCACUGGCUUUUCUUCAGCCUGCAUUGACCAAGAAGA